GUUCAUUAUGGACUGGUGUGGAACUAUUGUGCUAGUGGCCUUUAUAGGGUUGUUACAAUGCAAUUCAUUUCAAACUCAAAGUGCAAGACCUAACAACAAUAACCGACAAACUACAAUACAGUACAGGAUACCCUACUACAAUCGUCCACACAAUUAUAGAUUCAUCCCAAUACCUUACCCAUAUUAUACAAACUUCAAUAAUAAUCCACCAAGAAGGCAACAACCACCUAGAGCGCCUACUAAUCCAGGUUGGACAAUUGUGAUUGAUAAUACAAAUUCGACACAAAGGAACAAAGAUCCGAGCCCAAAUAAGCCUAUAAUUAUCAAUACCAGAGAUUUUAAAGUUAGAGUACAAAUUGAUAAUAGACAUAAAGGAACGAAUAAACCAUCUAAUAAAACAAAGGAACCUGAAGAUGAUAAGGAUCCAGAAAUUGAUGUGAGAAGUGCUGAUGACGAUAACCAAGAAAAUAAUGACAGUGGAAAUCGAAAAGCGGAUGAACCGAAAGAAAAGAAAGGUGAAGGUGAACGUGAUGAUAGACCCAAACCAGAAGAUAAAAGAGAUGAUGAAAAUAAUGAUGAUGAAAAAGACGAGAAAAAACCUGAUAAAGGUGACAAAUCAAAAAAUAAGAAAGAUAAUAGCAAGCGAGAUGACAAACCAAAAGAAAAUGAUAAUAGUGAUGACAAGCUAGAAGGAAAGAAAGAUAAUCAAAACAGUGACGAUGAAGGUAAAGAUGAUGAUGAUCAUGAUGACGAUAAUAAGGGUGAAAAGUCAAAACAUAAGAAACACAGUGAUAAACAAGGUAAAGGGGGCAAGCCAAAAGAAAAUCAAGAUGAUGAUGGUGACGAUAAUGAUGAUGAUAAGAGUGAUAAAUCAAAACAUAAGAAGGGUGGAGAAAAACGAGGUAAAGGAAAUAAACCAAAAGAAAACGAAGAUGAUGAAAAUACUGAUAAUGAUGACAAGCCAGAAGGAAAGAAAGACAAUAAAAGUAAUGACAAUGAUGACAAAGAUGCUGAUAAUGAUGACGACAAGCCAGAAAAAAAGGAAGAUGACGAUAACAGUGAUAAGGUAUCUAAACCAAAAGGAAGAAAACACCAAAAUAAAAGUAACAAAGGUAAACCAAAGAAAGACGAUGAAAGUAAUGACAAUGGAACUGAUCCUGGGAAAAAAAAUAACGAUAAUAACAAUGACAAUGGGGACGAUGUAGAAGGUACUGAAACUGAAGCUUUUGCAGAAGCUGAAGCAGUAGCUGAAGUUACAGACGACGACGAUCAAUCAGGUAACGACGACUCGGAAACUCCAGAAAAUAAUGGAAAUGAAGAUAAUAGAAAUGGAGACGAUGGUGAAGAAACAAAUGUUGAUCCAACGAAUAAUGGUGACUCCGGCAAUCCAGAUACCGAAAAUGAACAUAAUGGAAAUAAUGAUGAUGAAGCCGACCCUGGAGAAGAUGAUAAUAACGAGAACUCUAACAAUGGAGAUGAUACUGAAACUGAAGCAAUAGCUGAAGCUGAAGCAACUGCGGAAGCUAUAGACGACAGCCCUUCAAACGACAAAGAUUCUGAUGAUGACGAUGGGGAUGAUCCAGAAGCAAAGAAUGGUGCUCGAAACAAUUCAGAAAAAAAUAAUAAUGAUGAAAACGACCCGGAGGGUAAGAAGGACGAUGGAGACGACCCGGAAGGAGCAAAGACUAAUGGUGAUGAUUCAGAAGAAAACAAUGAUGAUGGUGAUAAUCCAGAAGAAAAGAAUGACGGUGAUGAUGAUUCCAAAGCAAAAAAUAAUGAUGGAGACGAUCCAGAAGGAAAGAAUGAUGAUAAAGAUGAUCCCGAAGAAGGAAAAAACGGUGAUGGGGACGACCCUGAGCGAAAGAAGGAUGAUGGUGAUGAUCCAGAAGGAAAAAAUGAUGAUGGAGAUGAUGCAGAAGAAGAAAAGAAGGAUGAUGGAGAUGACUUGGAGGGAAAGAAGGAUAAUGGUGACAAACCAGAAGGAAAACAUGAUGAUGGAGAUGGUCCAGAAGAAAAGAAUAGUGAUGGAGAUGAUCCAGAAGAAAAGACGGAUGAUGGAGAUGAUUCUGAAGGAAAAAAGGCUGAUGGAGAUAAUCCAGAACGAAAAAAGGUUGAUGGAGAUAAUCCAGAAGACAAGAAGGAUGAUGGAGAUGAUCUAGAAGAAAAGUAGGACGAUGGAGAUGAUCCAGAAGGAAAUAAAGAUUAUGGUGAUGAAACAGGUGGAAAGAAGAACAGUGAAGAUUGCGACGAUUAAUCCUUAAGUUGUAUAAAUUAAAGGUAGGUAGCAAUUUGUUGGCUAGUUAAUGUAAAUAAGAUUAUAAUUUGUUUAUUAAAAUUAAUUGAAUUACUUUAUUUUUACUAAAACGUCAGUAUUAGACCUUUUCAUUUUCCUUAAUUAUAUUCCAAAGUCGCUAAUCCCAUAAUAAAUAUGUACUACUACUUACAUAAGUACUUAUGCCUAAUAUAAUAUGUAACAGUG